GCCAAUGACACAGAACCAAACAAAUGUAUCAGGAAGAAGAUGCAGUAUACCGUACCGUAUGUGAAUGUCAUUGCAUUCCCAUUUCUAACUUUCACUCAACAACCAGGAUGGCGAACACAGUUACCAAGGAAAUCUCCUAUGAGGAACUGAAGGCUCUUGUGGGAAAGAGCCCGAAACUCAUUCUGAUUGAUGUCCGCAGUGAAGAGGAGGUGGCAAAAGGACAUAUUCCAGGAUCCAUUAAUAUUCCACUUAGUACAGUAGAGGGUGCUCUUAAAAUGGAUCCAGAUGAAUUCAAGGUCAGGUACGGAGUAACAAAGCCACAGCUGGAUGCACCAGAGCUGGUUUUUCACUGCCAGAUUGGCAAGCGAGGGGCAAUGGCUACCACCAAGGCUCAUGAGUUAGGAUACGUGAAUGCACGUAAUUAUGCUGGUGCAUACAGCGAGUGGUCGAAGAAAGAAGGAAAAUGAUGCCAAAGGAGAGUUUCAUAUUUAUUUAUGAAAAUAGGAAGUAUGAAAUAAAUAUUUAGCCAUUUCAAUCUUGUGGUAUUUUUCAGACUGUAUGCUGAAUUUUAUAUUUAUUAAUAAAUACAAAUAAAUAAAUAAACUUUU